CGUUUACAUUAGGGCGUCUAUACGGGCGCUAAACAUUGGGGGCUCCCAUGCGCGCUUCUCAGCUUAGAGCUUCAUUCGGCGGCGAGAACCUGAGGCUCGCAGCUCUUGUUUCUGCCCAUUUUCCCACGCUCUUCGCCAGCAGCCCCAAUCCCUUCCCGACAAGCGGACCCUAUAUCUAUCUGCGCGGCGUCGUCCUCCCGGCUCCAGGAACUGCCUAUUUGUUGCAGGUCGUCGCUCGUAGGAUCCUGAACAAACGCUGCCGAGUUUGGUCCGAAAUCUUAGUUCACCGCACCACAGCUUUCCUUCAGAGGAUUUCGACGCGAAUAUGACCUGGCAACCGCGGCCCGAAGAUCUGCAGCUGCUGAUCCAGCUGUUGAACGACUCUAUCUCUCCGGACAACGCCGUUCAGCAGAAUGUCAGACAGCGCCUCGACGAGUUUACAACAACCCCGGAAUACCCCAACUACUUGGCAUGCGUCAUGGCAAUGCCGGAGGUCGAGGCUCCGUCCAGAACAAUUGCUGGGCUGACGCUAAAGAAUUUCGUCCGUGCUCGCAUGGAGACUCUGCAAGCUCAGCCGCAGAACUUGGAAUUCAUCAAAAAGGUCGUCGUCCAAUCCGUUGCGGAUCCUCAGGAGCCCGUCCGUCAAGCUGCAGGUUCAAUCAUCACAACGAUUCUCUCUGUUGGACUCCACAUAUGGCCGGAAGUUCUUGGGUUGCUUGUCAAUAUGAUUGAUUCUCCGGAACAGCACACGGUGGAGGGUGCUUUCGGAGCCUUGCAGAAGAUUUGUGAGGAUUCGGCAACCCGGCUGGAUCCGGAAGCUGUCAAUUUCAUGAUUCAGAAGUUCAUUCACUUCUUCGGCAACCCCAACGCGAAAAUCAGGGCUGCCGCCAUCGACUCCUGUAACCAGUUCAUCAUUCCUCGGUCCCCUGGCUUGGAGGCCAACGUGACAGCGUUUGUCCAAGGGCUCUACGAGCGAACAGGCGACGCAGAUUCUACCGUCAGGAAAAAUGUGUGCCAGGCACUCGUCAUGUUGCUCGAAGCGUAUCCCGACCAGUUGAUCCCUCAACUUGACAAUGUUGUCAAGUUCAUGUUGUACUGCACGGAGCAGAGUGAUGAGGAUGAGGUCGCUCUGGAGGCUUGUGAGUUCUGGCUUUCAUUCGCGGAACAAGACGAGCUGAGGGAUCAUCUCGAAAACUACCUCCCAAACAUUGUUCCUAUCCUGCUGAAGGGGAUGGUGUACUCGGAAGAUGACCUGGUAAUCUUGACCAGCGAGGCAGACGAUGACGCCGCUGUCCCCGAUGGCGAGCAAGACAUCAAACCUCGUCACCACAAAGCAGCUGCGCACAAACUGGAGCGGGAUGGUGCGGGUAUUCCGACACAGCCUUCCCAUCCCACUGGAAACGAGGACGAUGAUGAUGAGAGCGAUUUCGAUGACGACGAAGACGAAGACGACGUCUACACCGAAUGGAACCUCCGCAAAUGCUCUGCCGCCGCUCUUGAUGUCUUUGCGACCGUGUACGAGAACCAGCUUUUGGAGUACUUGCUGCCGCCGUUGAAGGAGGAACUCGCCCACUCAGAAUGGGUGCACAGGGAAUGCGGUAUCUUGGCACUGGGUGCGAUCGCGGAGGGAUGCUUGUCCGGCAUGAUGCCCCAUUUACCACAGCUGGUACCUCACCUUGUUUCCGGUCUGACGGAUGCUCAGCCGCUUGUGCGCGCCAUCACGUGUUGGACCCUUGGGCGAUACGCUGGAUGGGCUGUCAACCCUCCACGGGACUGGAUUCAUCAGCAUUGCCCUACGCCAGAGCUACUGAAUCAGCAUCGCGAGAUGUACUUCAAGCCCCUGGUGAUUACGCUCCUUCAAGUCGUGCUCGAUAACAACAAGCGCGUGCAAGAAGCCGCAUGCAGUGCCUUGGCAACGGUAGAAGAGGAAGCCACAACGUUGCUCGCACCAUACCUCGAACAAAUUGUCACCACCAUGGCGAUGGCGUUUGGAAAGUACCAGAGCAAGAACUUGCUCAUUCUAUAUGAUGCCAUCGGCACGCUCGCCGACUCUGUGGGUGCCCUCCUCAGGAACGAGAGGUAUAUCAACCUUUUGAUGCAACCUCUGCACCAAAAGUGGGCGAGUAUCGAGGAUUCAGACAGAGGGAUUUUCCCCCUGUUUGAGUGCAUGUCAUCGGUCGCAACGGCCCUGGGACCAAAUUUCCAGCCUUUCGCUGCGGAGGUGUGGCAACGAUGCCUAAGGAUCGUGCAGACCACCCUGGAGUACUACCAGCACGCUGCGCCCCUAAGCCACGAAGACUACGAUGCACCCGAUAAGGACUUCAUUGUCGUGUCCCUUGACUUGCUAUCAGGCGUCGCACAGGGUCUGGGACCGCAAGUGGAAGUGUUGGCAACAUCCAUACAACCUCCAGUCCUUUCACUGCUACCCGUCUGCAUGCAGGACCUCACACCCUCCGUCCGACAAUCCGCAUUCGCUCUUCUCGGAGAUCUCUGCAUCUCUGCAUUCCCGCUGAUUAAGCCCCACGUCAACCAGAUCCUUCCCGAACUGAUCAACCAGCUGCAAGGCGUAAACCUCUCCGACAGGGUUUCGGUUAUCAACAAUGCUGUGUGGGCGGCUGGCGAGAUUGCGCUGAAACAAAAAGCGGAAAUCGAGCCAUGGGUGAACCCUCUCCUCGAGCGGUUGCUCCCUCUCCUGCGCGAUGCCAAGCGUGACCACACACCACAAGCCAUCACCGAGAAUGCGGCCAUCACUAUCGGUAGGCUGGGUCUCGUGUGUCCUCAGCUCGUCGCGCCACAUUUGUCGAUCUUCAUUGAACCAUGGUGUGAAGCUCUCCGGAACGUCCGCGACAACCUCGAGAAGCAGAGCGCAUUCUUGGGUCUCUGCCGCAUGAUCGAGUUGAACCCUACGGGUGUUGUCAAGAGCUUUGUGUAUUUUUGUGACGCCGUUGCUCGAUGGAACCAAGUAUCGCCGGAGCUCGCGCAGAGCUUUGAAUCGAUUCUCGUCGGAUUCAAGAAUGCCUUCGGAGAGCAGUGGGUGGUCACAUGGUCCAGCAUCCCCCAAGCCAUCAAGGACACGCUUACGGAACGAUAUGGUGUCUGAACAAGCAACAUCCACGGUGAUCAUCCCAAACACCUCCCAUUCAACCUCGUGCGGAUCGAAUAGCUGCGCGUCUCUUUUUAUCUAGUCGUUUUAUCUAGUCGUGCCUCUUCACCAUCGCCCAACCCUUUGUUCCCUAGCUCCCCCUCAUUGACUUCACUAACCCGCUGAUCCGCCGCCUUGCCAUACGGGCAAUAUUCUUGCAUCCCUCAGCCCAGAAGCAAGGUAGUAAGAUUGCUUUUUACAUAUAUAUUUCUUCUCGAUGCUCA